GAACGUGAUGUUAAUUUGGGUCAUCCUAAUUCAACUGGGUCGGGUCACACCAACCCGACCCGACCCGAUCCAAAUUGUACAAAAGUCUAUAUAAUUAUUGAACAAAAAUACAUUAGGGUUUCUCUGCUAUUGCAAAUCCCCUUCAUCAACAACUCAUACAGCAAACAUGACUAAGAGGACCAAAAAGGCUGGAAUAGUUGGGAAAUAUGGUACCCGUUAUGGUGCCAGUCUGCGAAAGCAGAUCAAGAAAAUGGAAGUUAGUCAGCAUAGCAAGUACUUCUGCGAGUUUUGUGGAAAGUACGCGGUGAAGAGGAAAGCCGUGGGUAUUUGGGGCUGUAAAGAUUGCGGCAAAGUCAAAGCAGGCGGUGCUUAUACAUUGAACACCGCAAGUGCUGUGACAGUUAGGAGCACAAUCCGAAGACUCAGGGAGCAAACCGAGAGUUAGAGCAAUCAACAAUCAGCCUUCUUCGUUUAUGGGCUUAUGAUGUGGCUACCGAAUCUUGACAUCAGAUAUGUUUUCCGAUUCUAAGACAUUUUUCGAUGUUUGUCACACUCAAUUCUGAGCAAGUUACUGUCGUUUUGAAAAUAGAUGCGCGUUAAUAGACUUUUCCGUAUACAAAAAGUUUGAUAUUUA